AUGGCAGACCCUGAAAACACAAUCAUAAACACCAGUGUGAGACAGAAAGACCCAAAUGAAGCUCUGGUUAUCGCUGUAACAACGAGGGCCAUUUUCAACCUGGAAAAGGAGCAUGAGAUUUUCUUGGCAAAGGGCAAGGAUGAAUAUGUGAAGCAUCAGCAAGCCAAUGAAAAUCUCUCCUUGGAGCAAGGGACCGCCUUUGCUUUUGUUCAGGCAGUGCAGUCUGUGAACAAGAAGCUCCUUGAAAGAAACCCGGAGGAGAAGGGGCUCUUUGAUGUUAUUGUUCUGUCCAAUAACAGUCCAGAGAGUGGUAUGCGCGUCAUCAACAGUGCUAAACUGCAUGGUUUAGAAAUCUCCAAGUUUUGCUUUGUCAGUGAGGAAGACUCUACCCAGUACUUGAAAACACACAACGUCAAGCUUUUUCUCUCUGCUGACAGGACGGAUGUAUGCCAUGCACUUCAGAGAGGGGUUUCAGCAGCGCUCAUCUUCCAGCAGGAGAUCCAAGCUCCCAGCACUCAGCUGCGUGUGGUCUUUGACGGCGAUGCCGUGCUCUUUUCCGAUGAGACUGACCGCAUCUUUCGUGAGAAGGGGCUGGAGGAGGCAGUUCAGUAUGAGAAAAUUAUGGAAGCUGUGCCCAUGGGAGACGGCCCGUUGAAAGCCUUUGCUUUACAUCUAGGGAAGAUGCGCAAGAAGUUUGGUCCAGAGGACUCCCCCAUCCGCACCUACUUGGUGACUGCUCGCAGUGGCCGUGACAUGGGCAUUCGAGCCAUCAAAACUCUUCGAGAGUGGGGCUUGGCAAUUGAUGAAGCCUUCUUCAUGGAUGGAGCUCCCAAAGGUCCCAUCUUGUCCAAGAUCCAGCCACAUAUCUUCUUUGACGAUGGUCUUCACAAUAUCCAGGGUGCCCAGGACGCCGGCAUACCCUCUGCCUUGGUCCCCUGUGAUUGCUGAAAGAGCCUUCAGUAUUGCAGCACUAGAACUGACUGAGUGGCAUCUGGGCCAAGGCUGG